UGGCGGAUCUGUGAGGAGAAAAAAAUGGUUCAAGUCCGAUAGACUCUUGAGGAAACGAAAGAGGAACUAUGAUUGCGUGAUGCUCAAGGCGGGAUUUAAGGAAAAACCUCAGAAAAACCUCCUCCACACGAGAUGAUGCUAUUACCCAGAAGUCUUUGCGGUUCUACUCCUCCACAUCCUAAAUAGUAAAACAGCAAUUUUCUGAAAGACAUUAAGCUGCUGACAUCAUCACUUCAUCGAUUUUGCAUCAAAGGUCAUUUUCAAACUGAAGGUUCUGGUUGGAUUGAAGACUCAGUGAAUAUCCAGAACCUGGGAGGAUCCGAGAUGCUGGAUGUGCUGAAGAUGAAGGAGUCCUGCAGGAUCUGUGGCAGAGAGCUCUGCGGCAACCAGCGCCGCUGGAUCUUCCACCCAGGCGCCAAGCUCAACCUGCAGGUUCUGCUCUCCCACGCCCUCGGCCGGGAGCUGACCCGGGAUGGGCGGGGCGAGUUCGCCUGCUCCAAGUGCGCCUUCAUGCUGGACCGCAUGUACCGCUUCGACACGGUGAUCGCCCGGGUGGAGGCGCUGUCCCUGGAGCGGCUGCAGAAGCUGCUGCUGGAGAAGGAGCGGCUGCGGCAGUGCAUCGGGGGGCUGUACCGGAGGAACAACACAGAGGAUGGCGUGGGCCCCCCUGGAUCAGGAGCUGACGCCGGCGGUGACCUCUCCCCUGUGGUGGACCUAUCUGCUCUACAUGAGGGCAGAUACACAGACAUGGUGCACGAGGACCUGGCUUACUCUGUGUAUGAGUCGUGGGCUGAGAAGGAGGACCCGGCUCCGGACCAGCGCCCCCUCCACCAGUGUCCGGGAGCAGACCUGAAGCCGAGGCGCUGUAGGGGCUGUGCGGCGCUGCGAGUAGCAGACUCCGACUAUGAGGCCGUGUGUAAGGUCCCGAGGAGGGUUGGACGCAGGAGCACAUCGUGUGGACCUUCAACUCGUUACUCCGCCACCACAGGAGCGGAGGAGCCACCGAGAACCUCCAAUAUGUCAGAAUCCGCCAAGAUGGAGACUGACAAGACCACGUGUGACCAGAGGAGCCCAAGCCCCGCCUCUUCUGCAGAGUUCCUGGACAGCACUGUGGACGGUGGCUACACCUCCCUCAAAGAAACCGAGGAGCAAUCACCAGAAGAAGGAACGGUGAGGAUGGACAAACCCCUGAAUGAGAGCAUCCUCUCUGGGGUGGAGGUGAUGCUGGGCCUCCUGCGGGGCUGGGAGUACCGGCCCGUAAAGCCCCUCCGGAGCAGCAGGCUCCCAGUCCUGGUGAAAGCCAGCCUGUCUCCACACCUGACCUUCUCAACGCACUGUGAGCUCUACCCCCACCUGACCGUCCCGGAGGUCGUGACCCCCCAGGACCUGCAGGCGGAGCUGGCUGAGAUGGAGGAGCAGUGGGAGGACGAAUACAUUCAGUGCGGCCCCUUCCGCUUCCAGCAGCAUCUGGUUGGUGAGCAGCAGGAUCAGCUCAGUCAGUAUGAGAGCGCCGCGGGUCAGUGCGUCGCCGAGCUGGCAACGGCCCAGAACCAGGUCUGCUCUCUGCAGGCCAAGAUCCGGGAGAGCGAGAGCAGAAACCAGAAGCUGCAGGAGCGCCUGGCUGAGAUGGAGCUGGAGCUGCGCUCGGCCCGAGAGGAGGCCCAGCAGCAGGAGAGAAACACCCAGAACCUCAGUGAUGUGGUCAACUCUAAGGAGGCAGAGGCGGCAGAACUGUGCCGAGUCAUUGAUGAGCAGAACCGGAUGCUGUGCUCCCUUAGAGAGCUGGCCGGCCGCAACCAGCUUCAGCAGCUGCAGGUUUCCGGUGCAGAGACGGGGCAGGGUCAGGGUGAGGUCCUGGCCCUGCAGGCCUCCCUCUUCCAGGCGCAGUUGGAGCUGCAGGCCGGCCAGCGCUCGCACCGGCAGGCGGCCAGAGCACAGGACGACCAGAGCCGGGCCCUCCAGAGGCUGGAGAAUGACCUGCAGGGGGCACUGUUGCACAAGAGGGAAACUGAGAGACACAACCAGGAGCUGCAGCUGGCUCUGCAGAAAGCGCAGGCGGCUCUGCAGGAGAAAGAAGAGCAGCUGAGGAAACGGGACCAGGACAGAUGCCAGGCAGACGUGGAGAAUGAGAGGACCAUCAGGGAGCUGAGGACGUCUCUGCAGACCAAAGAGCAGCUGCUGGAGGAGUACAGUGAGAUGCUGGAGGACCCGAAGGAGCAGAGGGAUUCACUGCUUCAGAAGCUUCGCCAGCGUAUUAAAGAGAGAGACCGGGCUUUAGAGAAAGCCGUAGAUGACAGGUUUCGCUGCGUGGAGGAGAAGGAGGAAACCGCUCGCCGCCUGCAGCUGCUGGUCCGAGAGAAAGACAGAGACCUGGAGAGGCAGCGCUGCGUCCUGACCAACAACGAGGAGACCAUAGCUAGUCUGGAGAUGCUGGUGCGGGGGAAGACUCUGCAGCUGGAGCAGGUGAGCGACACCUGGAGGAGCGCCCAGCAGCAGAGGCAGGAACUGGAGGAGCGGCAGAGCUGCGUUCUGAAAGAGAGGGACGGCGUCAUCGAGCGGCUGCAGACGGCGCUGCAGGCGGUCACGCAGGAGGCGCAGGGUCUUCGCUCCUCCCUGUUAGCUCAGAUCCACUCUACCCCAGGGGACAUCACGGAGGAACUGAAGCUCCGCCUCCAGCUUAAAGACCACCUCCUCCAGGAAGUGCUCGCUGACCGCACCCAUCAGGCCCGGCAGCACGAAGACGACGUCCAGGAUCUGCUCAGAACCAUCAACUCCAAGGACCAGUACAUUCAGGAGUCGGCGGCCCAGCUGAGCCAGGUCAUAGCUGAACAGACAUCCCGGCUCCAGGAGCUCCGGAGACAGCUGGGCUCCGGUUUCGGACCCAGCCCCGACUCUGAGGGGGAUCUGGGCGUGGAUCUCCAGGCGCUGAAGGAGGAGCUGAGUUUAGCCCUGAGAAGAGAGAAGGAGAGCGAGGAGCUAAGCAGGAGUCAGGCGGCCCGGAUCGACUCCCUCUGCAGGACUCUGCAUGUGAAGGAGGAGAUCAUUGGGGACUUUCAGAGGCAGCUGGCAGAUCCGUCCCACCUUCCUCUGGUGGAGCAGCUCACCCAGGAGGUCCAGGAGCUCAGGGAGAGCCUGGUCCAGCUUGAUUCUCUGUCAGCCAGAGGCUCAGUUCUGGCCAGCAGUGGGCCGACCGAGUUCGGAGAACUGAGCUCUGAGGGAGAGGAUGAGGCAGAUGAAGGUCUGAACAGCGAGUACACAGAGAGCGUUGAUGAAGAGGAGGCCAACCUGGAGAGGUGUGUAGGAAAGGCUUCUUCCUCUGAGCUGCAGCGGGGCGGCGAGGGUCUGUCCGUGGUCAAACUGCUGGUGGAGCAGAAGUUGCAGGUGGAGAGGGAGCUGGGGGAGUUAAAGAUGCAGCUGGAGAAGACAGGAUUCUCAUCUUUGUCUCAGAUCAGGAAAGCUUUAAUCAACCUUCAAGCAGAGAAUGAAGAUUUGAAGCAUCAGCUGCAGCGUGACAGGAGACAGAACGAUGAGCAGAGGAUGCUCGAGAGCGAGGAAGAGGAGGAAGAGCUGGAUGUGACGAUAGAGGAGGACGAAGAGCAAGCCGUAUCUGAACUGUGGGAGGCCUGGGAUGGAGAGCUGACUAUGUUGCAAGCCAAGAUUCAGAACAACGAUGAGCUGAAAAAACGGAGAGCAAAGGGGUUGGAAUCACUGAGCCUUCCCACCAGAUGCUCACAGGACCUGGAGGCGGAACAGCCGGGAGCUAUGUCUGAGAAGAGGGUUCGUCUGCAGCAGAGGAGCAAAGAGCUGCAGGAGAGACUGAUGGUGUCAGAGGCCACGGUGCAGGCUCAGGCUGAGCAGCUCAAAGACUACAGAGAGCUGCUGACAGAAGCAGCUGUGCAGCAGGACAGUAAGCAGGUCCAGGUGGACCAGCAGGACCUGGGCUAUGAGACCUGCGGCCGCAGUGAGAACGAAGCGGAGAGGGAAGACGCCAGCAGCCCUGAGUUUGACGACCUGGAGAUGUGCACAUCCCUGGACUGUCACUCACAGUGGUGGCCCUCCACUGGCAGCAGCUCCACCAAAGCCCCCUCCCAGAGCUAUGGAGAUGAGGUCUCAUCUCUCCAGCGCCUGGUGGAAGACCUACGCACGCAGCUGUCGCGCUCUCAGGCGGUCAUCCACGGGCUGCAGGGCCGCCUCCGCACCCUCUCCACCUCCAGCAACCUCUCCACGCCGCGGAAGGUCAACUGGUCCUUCCAGGCUUCACAGAGCGGGGCGGAGGAGGAUGAAGGCUGGGGGUCGUCUGACGGAGGCGUGCAGGCCUCCCCCCGUCACCCUCAUCAAGAAAAGGGCCUGCGGGAGCUCAUGUCCCGUGUGGAUGCACUGGAAGACCAGCUGAGGAAGGAUGGAAGGAAGUCUGAGGAGAAAAGAUCUUCCACCUGGCCGGGUGAAUUCGACACCCUGAUUCAGGCUCAGGCCCGAGAACUGUCCCACCUCCGCCAGCGCCUGCGGGACGGGCGGAGCGUCUGCAGCAUCCUCACCCAGCACCUGGGUGACACCACCAAAGCCUUCGAGGAGCUGCUGAGGGCCAACGACAUCGACUUCUACAUGGGUCAGAGCUUCAGGGAGCAGCUGGCUCAGAGCAGCGCUCUGGCUCACAGAGUCGCCACCAAGAUCAGCGGACGAGAUCUAUCCGAGGAUCCAGAGGAGAAGACGGAGCUGCUCGCCAUCCGGCUGAGUAAGGAACUGCAGCAGAAGGACAAGGUCAUCGAGUCUCUGCGCGCCAAACUCAACCAGCAUCAUCGUUCUGACACCCCCUGCAGCAGCCAUGCCCUCUCUGACAUCACAGACCAGUCGGACCGCAUCUCCUAUGUGUCCGACGAGCACGGAUCGACCAACGAGGAGCUGGAUUUGGGUUCGGAUGGAGCCAGUGAGCCCCUUCAGGAGGAAGCUCAGACAUCUGCCAGGGUCUGCACAGAUUGCCACUCUCAUGAUGGCAUCAUGUCACGCCACCCAUCCAUCUCUUCAUCCAUCCUGUCCUCCCACCGCACACAGUCCUGCCUCAGUUGUCCCAGCCUGCACUGCUCCAGCUCGCCCCACAAACCAACAGAGGGGUUGAGCCAAGCAGCUCUGGCAUCAGUCUUCACCUCUGCUCCCUUUCACCCUCCCCUCCUGUCCUCCUCCUCCCGUCCUUCAAACCCCCGUUUGCGCCGCCACAGUGGCGGCGGCGGUGGGGGUUUCUCUCUGGCUGAGGUGCAGCGGGAGCUGCAGAUGCUGCAGCGGCAGCUGGCAGACAGUAAAAGGUUUUCUACUCCUCAGACCAAACCUCUUCCGGGUUUCCCGUUUGCCCACCAGCAGCCAGUAGACUUCCUGUCUCUGCCCUACCAGGGGCUCCAGCCCUCGCCCUUCAGCAGCGCGGCGAGCAGCAGCAGCCUGGACGCCAGCCUAGCCAUGAAGGCCGGGGCCAGCCUGCUGGAGAGCAGUGCAUUGUGGGGCAUGGCCCACGGCACCCGAACAGCAAGAGUUGCCGCUGAUCUGUCGUCGGGAUCAUCAGGAUACCAGUCAGGCGCCAGCCAUGCAGGAUCAGACCUGAUGAAGGAGCACUUGAGAGAGAUCAGGAGUCUGAGGCAGAGACUGGAGGACUCCAUCCAGACCAACGACCGCCUCCGGCAGCAGCUGGAGGAGAGGCUGUCCCGCACCGCUUCAGAGAAAGGAGCUCCUACCAACAUCUACAUCCAGGGUCUGGACUCGGUCAGCCAGCUUUCCUGUCAAGUUGGAGUCCUGAAGGAGGAAAACAUCAGUCUGCAGACUCAGCUAAAGCAGGCUACCAGAGAGGGAAAUAAGGAGGUGGAGCAGCUGAGGGAGGCAUUGCUGCAGGAGCAGUCCAGGCUAAAGGAGGCGGAGCUAAAUGCAGAAAGGUGGGCGGUGCAAAGCAGGAAGUUGCAAGGAGAGGCUGAAGCAAAUGUCCAGGAGAUUCUAGAACUAAAACAGGACCAGCAGCAGAAGCAGGAAACCAUCAACAGGCUGCAGCACGAGCUGAUCAUCCUUCAGCAGCAGCUGAUUGAGAGCAGCAGGCUCCUGCACUCCCUGCAAUCUAACGGAAGACUGAACCCCCACCCUGUAAACACACACUCUGCAGGUGAGAUCAGAGACAGCUGCCAGCCAGGAGGCAGCUCCACCAUCUUUGACCCCAGAGACCUGCACCUCCAGCUGGAGAAGCAGCUGAGCGGGCAGACAGGCGAGCAGCGUGGAGCCAGGAGACGCCUCUUCCAGGAUAAUGUGGUCUCCCCUCCAGUUAGAGACACCGGGCUCUGCAGUCCUUCCUCUCAUUUACGGCUUUACCGGAAAGAAGACGAGAGUAGGACAGCCGAUCUGGCUUUGGCAUCUGACGGGCUCCACGCGAUCGGCCGUGCUGCAGACUUCAAAGCUCUGCAGCAGCUGCUUCUUGACGGUAGUGCGCUCCUCCUUCAGAUGGAGGCGGCCAUCUGCUCCCUGAACGCCUCACAGGAGGGCCACCUUCACAAGCCUUCAGACUCAGGAACGGUCAGACGCCUGCUGUCGGACGCUCAAACUCUGAAGGAGUUUUUGCAGGACGCUGACGCUCUGGCCCAGACGUUCUGGACCGCAGCUUCAACUGAAACACAGGAGAGCGGACAGACCCGGUCCUUAAAGGAAGAGGUGUCGUCGCUCCGCCUCCAGCUCUCCGAGCGAGAGAAGGCUCUAAAGGACACAACGGAGAGGCUGAGGAGCUCCGACCUCACCAAAGACAGCAUGGAGCGCUUCAUAGUCAGCCAGCUAUCGAGAACUCGAGAUGUCCUGAAGCAAGCAAAGACCAACCUACAGAAGAACCAACUCAGGAUCUCUCCCCUUCAACAUCAUUCUGUCCUCUCCAUUCCCUCUUCCACUGUCACCUCCCCCUCCUCCUCUUCCUCUUCCUCCUCCUCUUCACACCCUUGGCUUAUCGAAGGGAAAAAGGCAGGAAGCCUCCAUGAACUCGGCGUCUCUCCUGGUUGGAGUGUCAUGACAACCCAAUCUUCCUCCUCCACCUCAGCUCCACGUCCUGCUGCCCACAGACCACUUCACUACCACUGCCCCAUGCGGACAGUCCUCCUGUAGGGCAGCCUUUCCCCCGAUGGGUUCAAACUUGUCGAUCGUGCUCAAUGGUUUGUGGACGUGAAACUAUUCUCACGGUGUCAACAACAACAACUUCUGUUUGCUGGAGAACAUGGGGCUCUGUCUAAAGAUGAGCAAAGCUGUCGUUUUUGAACUCCACUUGGGGGUUCAAUUCCUUUCCAGGCAAUCAGCCAGAAGCGGCAUCAGCUCCUCAACCAACCAAUUAAAAAAGUGCUUCCUUGCAGCCUCUGCUGAGGCGGCUGCACAAAUCCAGAAUGUGUUUGCAGACGUCUGUGGAAUCAAAGCCAUACCUCGACUGCUGCGCCCUGUUUUUAAAAUGACGGAUUGCAAUAAAAAGCCGGACGCUAACAUUAAAGGUCAAUAAAGACCUUUAAUGUUGCAUCUUAUCUAUACGAUGACAAAAAAGGACACAUGCUUGUUGAAGAGCAACAAUGUUCAAAAAUUCAGGAAAGUUUGAUAAAAUUAUAGGUGUGUAAAGAUGUGUUUUUUAGUCAAAAAUAUUUUCCUCGGAAAAUCUCAUCAAACUGGAAUUGUGUGUAUAUCUCCUCUGUUUGUGCAUGGAAGUGUCUUUACUGACCUCUUAUACUUUCACGGAAAUAUGCAAUUUUUGGGGGUUACUGUGCAAUAAUACAUGUGUUGUUUGUGCGUAUUCUAACGGCCUGGGUUUUAAAGUGUGCAAACCGGUGAGCUAAAGACUAACAGAACAAUCACAGCUGGAUAACAGCAUCCAGCUUUUCGACAAUCAGCAUUGUGUGGAUUUGUUAUUUAUUGCUUGAGUUCACGUGUUUUCUUGGAGCAGAAAUACACAUUUGUACUGAGAAGUGUAGCGCUAACAGGAACCAAAGUCAGCAGUGUGUUAUCAAAUCGGGUGUAAACUGUCGACUGAGUUUGUAAAAUUCCCCACUUUAGGCUUUAACGUUGUUUCUCAGAGUGUCAGCUCUUAAUGUUUAUAUGCAAGAAUCUCAGUGCAGGUUUUUAGAUACUGCAGGAGUUAAGGAACGUCUAGUUGAGUUUUUAUGCAUGUUGUCUUUGUUCAAAUGGAUUUGAGAUUAAAGAAAACAGACCUUUUCAAUAAAAGGAUUAAAAAUUUG